AUGAGUUCCCUAACAUUUGUUUCGCAAGACAGUAAAGUGAAAAAUUAUGGCAACAAGAAGCCUAUACCUGCUUACUUCCCUACGUCUAAAGAUUCCAUCUUGAUUCCGGACUUCAAGUUCUACGAUUCGGUGAAAAAAGCAGAGCGUGUUUUGACAAACACUUACGAAGUUCCAGUCAGAUCUGGAAAGGCUUGGAAGGCCUCCAAGGGAUCUAUAGUGCGCAUUUCCACUCCAGAAGGACCUCAGGUAUGCGAUUUCAAUUGCUGGGAGCAAAACUCAGACUUCAAAGAGCAUUUGUGGGCAUCGCGGACUAGACAGCUACAUUCUGCGCAUGUUUCUGUUUAUGACAAGUUGUGGUCGAAUUUGCCUUAUUUGCGUCCACUUCUCACUAUCAUAGGUGACACUCUUGCAGGUUAUGGACCCAACGAGAAUGGCGGAAGAACUCAUGAUCUGUUGGGAACCCGCUGUGACCCGUAUGUGGACAAGCUUUUGAGUGGCCAGGAUAACGACUUCCAUUGUCAUUCCAACUUGUACCGUGCGAUUAAAGAGUUUGGCGGCGAGGAAGAAAAUGUGCAUGAUGUUCUCAACAUUUUCCAAGUUACGGGGUUGAAUGAGAACGAUCAGUACUUCAUGGAGACAUGUCCUGCGCAAAAGGGCGAUUAUUUCGAAUUUUUUUGUGAAGUUGACCUUUUAUGCGCGAUAUCUGCUUGCCCUGGUGGGGAUUUGUCCAACUGGGGGUGGGGAGAAGGAGCAGCUUCUGACGAAGACGGCAAUGUUGAUGAUAUGACCGGUGUGUGCAGACCAUUGAGGGUGGAGGUCUUUGAAAUUACAGAUUCACAGGUUCUAUCAAAUUGGAAAUCGCCUCAGCCUGUGAAAUACAAUGGGAAUCAUGGCUUGUGA